AUGGCUCUCUACCAGUUCCUGUGUGGUUCCACCGUGAUGAUGAUUCUCUUAUCCAGAGGAUGUCAUUCACAGCUGCCAGUGUGUGGCCUGGCUGUAAAAAACACCAGAAUUGUGGGAGGUCAAAAUGCGGCUCCGGGAAGUUGGCCCUGGUUGGUCAGUUUAAACAGUGAUGGCCGUCCCUUCUGUGCAGGGUCCCUAAUUAACAAUCAGUGGGUGCUGACAGCUGCCCACUGCCUACCAGGAAGUGACCGCCUUACCACAACUGUUUAUCUGGGUCGCAACAGCCAGACAGGUCCAAACUUCAACGAAGUGGAAACGUCACUUGAAAGUAUCAAUUGCCAUCCUUCAUACAACUUCCUGACCAACGAGAACGACAUAUGUCUCCUGAAACUGUCGGCCCCGGUGGAUUUUACGACCUACAUACAACCGGUCUGCUUAGCCUCGGCGAUGAGCACGUUCCACACCGAUGUUAGCAGCUGGGUCACUGGUUUUGGUGAAACUCAAUUUGAUUCAUCUUCCAGGGCAGACAUCCUGCAGGAAGUGAAUUUACCAAUCGUUGGAAACAAUGAGUGCAAAUGCACCUAUCCUGAAAUAACAGAUAACAUGAUCUGUGCUGGGUUCAAAGAGGGAGGAAAGGACGCGUGUCAGGGAGACUCAGGGGCACCACUGGUGACUAAAAAGGGUUUUAUGUGGAUCCAGAGUGGAAUUGUGAGUUUUGGCCUCGGCUGUGCCAGGCCUAUGACUCCUGGAGUCUACACCCGUGUGUCCGAGUACGAAGAAUGGAUCACCACCAUGACUGGCAGCAGCGAACCAGGCUUUGUUACCUACAGAUCCUCGGGAGUGGACAGCGACUUAAAUAUUACCUGUUCAAAUAAUCAAGCCCCCACUACCACCGCCACCACUACCACCGCCACUACCACCACAACCCCCACCCCCACCACUACCACCACAACCCCCACUACCACCGCAACCACCACCACUACCACCGUUACAUAA